AUGGAAGGCAUGUCUCAGGAUGGACAAUCAUUAGUGGCUGGAGAAUGGGACCAACAACAAGUGAAUGUUGCAGCAGCAAACAACUCACAACCAGAUGCUGUUGCCAUUCAAGAACUAUUGAACAUGAAUGGCAUCGGACCUGGGGAGGUAAUGUAUGUUAUGGUUGGCGAGCUAACCUAUCAAAUUAUUGGGCCCCAGAAACCAGGAGAUGAAGUUAUUGUCACGCCAGUGAAUUCGGGCAUCUCCUUAGAGGACUUUGCAGCAAUCAGUGCAGAGCAGGAAUCAAUUAAAUCUGAACUUUCUUAUCCAAUACCAGCAACAGAAGAUGCCUCUCAACUUCAACUACAACAACAGCAGCAACAACAACAACAGCAGCAGCCACAACAAUUCAUUCAGUCAGCAGAUGGUGACAUAUAUGCCACAAGUGCUGAUGGUAUGCAGAUGAUGAUGGUGCAGGAAAAUACCCCUAUGGUCAAACAGUCAGAAGGAGCAACAAUAAAACUCGGUGGGCAAGAUUUUGUACUUCAACCGGGUCAGCAACUUCCACCUGAAAUACAAGAAAUGAUAUCAAAAGGAUUGCCAGUUGACCUCUCUAAUUACGAGUUCGUCAUAGAGGGUGACUCUGGUCAAUCCAGCCAACAAGCAUUUGCCAUUCAACAAACUGGAAAUGACAUGGGUGGUAUGAUGAGUCCCAUGAUGGCCGAACAAGUUGGAGGGGGUGGUGACAUCACUGGACACGAGAUCCAACCAAAGAACGGCAUUUACGUGCAGGUUAUAACAGCUGCCCCAGGAGAAUUUGAUGAUGGCGAGUUCUCCUACCUGGCCCCAACGGCAGAAGAUCUCCACUCACAUCUGCUCGACGCUGACCCACACCCUGUUCCGAACACCGGCUACAUGAACUGCUAUUUGAACUUUUGUAAGAAUGGUGGGAAGGUGGAAACACAGGCCAGCAGUCAGCAAUCCACCAAGUAUGCAGUUGGUCUGAAACAGGUGGAGGAGAAGAAGGCAAACCUGCUCGUUGGUGCUUCAAGUGGUUCGGGCAGGUCUCUGCUGAUCUCCAAUCAACAACAACCUCACAAACAAAACUUUAAAAGAAAGAGAAGCAACGAGAGUGAAGGUGACAGUGACGCUGAGAAGAUAUCACGUGGGGACCUUGACUUUGAUGAUCCUCUCUGGAAGCUAAAUUCUGCAUCUAGAAUAGAUGAACGUCGACAAAGCUUGACUAAGAACAAGAAAGGUGACUUUGUUGUGGAUAAGAAAGAUGCAUACAAAUCCGAAUUCGCCAUUUGGAGGAUUGAGAAUGGGAAGCUACUGCAGAAGUUUGAUUCCUUCUUUGAUAGUGGAAAACUGUACCAUAAAUCUGCUUCUGUGUAUUCCAGUUGGUCGGGUGACAUAAGGACGAACUUUAAACCGCUGGUAGCAGACAUCAUCAGCGCAAGUUCUGCAGCUGUUGGUCGCAAGCAGGACAUCAUCGUGAAGGUCCUCGACAAGUACAUACCCAAACCAGCUGAUGAAAGCUUGGAGCAGAAUGCAUUAAUGCAGUUUUUCAACAUCUAUGUACACGUUCUUCUCAAUCAAGUAUUCGAGCCGGCGUAUCUGGCAGCCAUUCAGCAACAAAAUGUUGAAUACUAUUUGGAGCCUAUGACGCAGAUAGAUCAGCUGAUAUCGGAGGCCAAACAAGCAGUUGUGUCCGAGUAUAACUGGAAUGAAGACUUUAAGACCGUUUUGGAGACAUGGUCGUGCUACACGUUCGUUGCAGCCAAAGCUACUGAAUCCUUACAGAAUUGUCAGGCAAUCAGUGAUGGCGGGUCGGCAAUGAAACUGGUCAAGUUCUACGGACAGAGUUAUGAUAGAGAUAAUUUGCUCAACACACAAGAACUAGCAUCCAGCAGUAGCCAGGACUUUUUGAUAGGGAAGAAUGCAUUUGCAAAUCUUGGAAUAUACCAUGCUCUACAUCAUUUCAAAUAUUUACUUUUCAGAAAAUGUCAUGAAGAGGCAGUCUUCCAAGUUUCUUCCAUGAACAAAGCCAACAGCGAAGUGCCUGACAUCUGUAUUCAAAACAGGAUCUGGGUGCAACAAAUGUUCUUAGACUUGAAAGGCCUGUUGGACAGGUACAUCAUAAUCAAAACCGAAGAGGACAAUACGGAGACUGGAGAUUCACAGCAGCAAGAGGACUCUCAACAAGAAGGUGGUGGUGGUACCGCUACCAACGGGGAAUAA